AUGGCGUCAUCUUUUUUAUCUUCUGAGAUCUUUUAUAAUUACAUGAAUAAGUGGUUUUUGUGUUUACAAGCUGCGGUCAGAUCACAAUGGUAUCUUCAAUGGUAUCUUGCUAUAGCUAUCAAGCGGUAUAGCUCAGUCGGUAGCGAGACGGAUCAGAUUCGAAUCCUCCCCGAGGUAAGAUGGUGGCUGAAAGUCAGUAUCUGGUGUGUCUGUCCACCUUGUGCGUUGGUAACGGCCCGGCAUCUUCUGUACAUGGAGUCGCUCAAACGAUUUACAGACGCACUUGGAAUCUGUGCCCAGACUUUUAUGAAAGCUGCACUGAGUUCUGCUGCAUUUCUUGGAAGCCGUUGGAUCUGGUUUAGUCGUAUGUGGAUGUCAUCCCACAAAUGUUCUAUUGAGUUUAAGUCCGGGCUGAGCGAGGGAUAG